AUGAGUCGUGGGCGAUCAGAGCAGCCUGGCCAAUCACAUGCCGCUUACAGUGGGCCCCCAUCGGCUGCGGUUCAUCGCAUGGCCUCUCGAUUCUCUUAUAUGGCCCGGCCUUGUCCUUCGAUUUCUUCCUCAGGAUUCGACUCCGAUAUUGUUCCAGCGCCGCGGCGGCAAUCCAGACCUCCUUCCACUGGUUCCAGCCCGCCCAACACUGGCCCGCAGGAACGCCAUCAAGGGCCUGCUGAUUACUUGCAACGGUCGAGUCCUCAUCAGUACAAUGAUCAUCACCACUUUUCCUCCCUGGCUCCGCCGUUGGAAGGCUUUCCAUCGGCUGUGCCAGUCUGUCAAUCCUUCGAUCCUUUUGCACAAGAGUCGGCACUUUGGGCAGAGCCCGAUCUGUCCUUUGUCGACACCGACUGGAACUUCAUAUCUGUGAACCAUCCAACUUCAUACCCUCCUGACUAUGACGGCGGCGAUGCCCCGAUCCUGGACCUCGGGUAUGGAGAUAUGGAUGUCUCCGCGUUCAACUCUCUUUCGGAUUCGGGAUCAAUCGAGUUCCCACACUAUGUUCCUGCAUCUAUGGCUUCUAGCUCAGCCCAUUCACGAGAUGAUCGCUCGCAUCCCUCGCCAGUAUCGCAGUUACCUGCUCCCGUCUCAGCUUCUUUCUCCAGUCCCACCGCGUCUAACGGUGAUGAUGUUCUAAGUCGCGUUGAUUCAUCGAGGGUGGAAAAGCGUAAGCUUAACACCCUCGCAGCGCGGAGAUGUCGCCAAAGACGUGUGGAUCGGAUGAAGGAUCUUGAGGGCGAGUUGGAGAAAGUGCGUAAGGAAAGAGAUGAAUUGAGACUUCGGUGUUCGAAGCUCGAAGGGGAAACGGAUGCUUUGAAGGGACUUCUCACUCGUAGGAACAGAGAUACAUAG